AUCAAACAAUUACCUCAGCAGCAAAAUGUACUAAAAGAAAUUGAUUUCGAUUAUUCCAAUGUAAUGAACAUUAAUAAGUGUACAGAAAAUAAUCAUGAUUUAGUCUCUGAACAUUCGGAAAUUAGUAUUGAUAAAAAUAGUCCUCAGUUAAGUAUUUCAAGUGAUAAAUUUUCCAAAACAGAACUUAUUAAUGACAUCCGAUUAUGGGUUAUUGAAAAUCGUGUCAGUCAUUCUGCUAUUAGUAGUUUACUGAAAAUUCUAGUAAAAUACGGCCAUAAUCUUCCUAUUGAUGCUCGAACUCUGUUUCAAACUCCCAAACAAGUAGACAUUAUUGAAAUGAUAUCAGGAAAAUAUUAUCAUGCAGGUUUAGGUGAUAGAAUUUAAAAAAAUCUAUUCGUAAACAUUAUUAUCGAAGUAAUUUACCAUCUCAGAUAAAUAUUAAUGUAAAUGUAGAUGGUCUUCCUUUAACAAAAUCUUCUGGGAGUCAAUUUUGGCCUAUUUUAGGUAGUAUAGUUGCAGAUUUUUACACCGAACCGUUUAUAAUUGGUGUUUAUCAUGGUUUUGAAAAGCCAAAAUGUUGCAAUACUUUUUUGAAAUAUUUCAUGGAUGAUUGUUUUGAAAUUUUCCGAACUGGCAUUGUAGAAUAUGGCAAAAAAAUAACUAUGAAAUUGAACGUAUUUAUCUGCGAUGCUCCUGCAAAAUCGUUUAUCAAGGGAAUUAAAGGACAUAAUGCGUAUUUUGGAUGCGGAAAUUGUAUUCAAGAGGGAGAUACAUAGGGAGAUUACAUAGAAAAUCGAAUAACGUACCCAGAAAUUAAUGCUAUGUUAAGAUCAGAUGAAUCUUUUAAAUUAAGAAAACAAGAAGAACACCAUAAAAUCACUUCAAAUCUUGAAGAUUUAAAUAUUGGAAUGGUUACUCAAUUUCCUUUAGACUACAUGCAUCUCGUACUAUUAGGAGUAAUGAAAAAAUUGUUGCAGUUUUGGAUUAAAGAUUAACGAGUCACAGUAUGAGUUAAUUACUGUUCCAUUGUCUGAUAUUAAAUUAAAAUGUGUAAAACUGCCUUUAUGUGACGAAGAAGCUGUGGUAUUGCCUUUACUGCACCAACAAGAAAUAUGUUUAUGAUUAUUAAUAAUGGUAAAAAAUUUCGCUGUCGUAACUUUUCCAAGCGAUGGGAAUAAUGAAGAAGAGAUCGUAUCAGAAGUUUCAUCUUUAUGGCUUUCCUCCAAUUUAACAGAAUGCUGGUGGCCAUCGGUAAAAAAUAUUAACACCUUUAUUGUGAAACAAACUCCACCUGUUACUAAUGAUCCUAAAUGGACACUUUAUCCUAUCAAAUUUCAUAGAUAUUAUGAUUCAUUAGAUGAGGCUAGACAGAGAGCAACGAAUUAUUCUUCAAGCGAUGAAAGUAAUACAAAUCAAAUAAAGAAGUCAUGCACAAAACGGUCACUAAAUACUGUUUAUAACAAUGAAUCUGAAUCUGAUUCUGAUGACUCACGUUCAAUUAUACCAAAUCCACCACAUCUUAAAGAUACAAAUGUCUCACAAUCAGCCAAAAAUAUUCAAUCAAUCUCAAAUAUUUUGGAUUCAACAAUUAUUAAUAAUAUUGAUAUGGAAAUUCUUGUUGGAACUAUAGUACCUCACAAAAAUAUGCAGGAUGUAUAUACGUUAGUGUUAGAAAUGUCAGAUAAAAUGAAAGAUAAUUUUGAAAAAAUAUGUACAGCUAUAACUUUAAUUUCAUUAAACAUACAAGCUAUUGAUACUCGUUUAAAAAACAUGGAAACACAACAUAACCAACAUAAGUCUAAAACAUCUGCCAUGGAUACAUCAAAUAUACAAAGAUCUUUUCCGUUUAAGAGCAUAAAUAAAGUAAUAGCUUUUGAAAAUAGUUUAUCAGAAAAUACAGAUGAGUACAACAAAUUUAUGCUGUAUAUAUCUCGCAUAGGUAGAGGGUCCGCUAAAGAAAAUUUAAUUCGUAUAUAUCGAACUUUAUUUUCUAAUGAAGUUGCCAAGGUUUCAUCCUGGAAGGGACUACGUAAUCAUUUUAAAAUAAGUAGUUUAAAAUCUAUAUUGACGGGAAUACAAGCAACAAUUUUGGCUCAACACCAAUUCACAAACAAAGAGUUUGAAGACAUCACGAAAGAAUUUCGCCAAGGUAGUCAUAGGCUUAGCAGAUAACAAAAAGACUCCGAAGAAGCAAAUCCGCAAGUUAUUUAAAUGUCUCA